CGCUCCUCCCCGCUCCCCACCCCCUUCCCCGGUCCCGGAGCUCGCGGUGCGUGCGCGCGUGAGUGUGUGUGUCCCUCCGCCAACGCCGCCACCUCAGCCCGGCAAAUGAACUCCGUCCGAGCCGCCAACCGGAGACCCAGGCGAGUGUCGCGGCCGCGCCCGGUGCAGCAACAGCAGCAGCAGCCCCCGCAGCAGCCGCCGCCGCAGCCGCCCCAGCAACAACAGCAGCAGCAGCAGCAGCAGCCGCCGCAGCCGCCCCAGCAACAGCAGCAGCAGCAACAGCCCCCGCCGCCACCGCAGCAGCAGCCCCCGCCGCCGCCACCGCCGCCUCCGCCGCCGCCUCAGGAGCGGAACAACGCCGGCGAGAGGGAUGAUGUUCCUGCAGAUAUGGUCGCAGAAGAAUCAGGUCCUGGUGCACAAAAUAGUCCAUACCAACUUCGUAGAAAAACUCUUUUGCCAAAAAGAACAGCCUGUCCUACGAAGAGCAGUAUGGAGGGUGCCUCAACUUCAACUACAGAAAACUUUGGUCACCGAGCAAAGCGUGCAAGAGUGUCCGGAAAGUCACAAGAUCUAUCAGCAGCACCCGCUGAACAGUAUCUUCAGGAAAAACUGCCAGAUGAAGUAGUUUUAAAAAUCUUCUCUUAUUUGCUGGAACAGGAUCUUUGUAGAGCUGCUUGUGUGUGUAAACGCUUCAGUGAACUUGCUAAUGAUCCAAUUUUGUGGAAACGAUUAUAUAUGGAAGUAUUUGAGUAUACCCGCCCAAUGAUGCAUCCUGAACCUGGUAAAUUUUACCAGAUUAAUCCAGAAGAAUAUGAACAUCCAAAUCCAUGGAAAGAGAGUUUCCAGCAGUUGUAUAAAGGAGCACAUGUAAAGCCGGGAUUUGCUGAGCAUUUCUAUAGUAACCCUGCAAGAUACAAAGGAAGAGAAAAUAUGUUGUAUUAUGAUACUAUAGAAGAUGCCCUUGGUGGAGUACAGGAAGCACAUUUUGAUGGGCUUAUCUUUGUUCAUUCUGGAAUAUACACUGAUGAAUGGAUAUAUAUUGAAUCUCCAAUCACUAUGAUUGGUGCAGCACCUGGGAAAGUUGCAGACAAAGUUAUUAUUGAAAACACUAGAGAUUCAACUUUCGUCUUUAUGGAGGGUUCUGAAGAUGCUUAUGUUGGAUAUAUGACAAUAAGAUUCAACCCUGAUGACAAGUCUGCUCAGCAUCACAAUGCACACCACUGCUUAGAGAUCACAGUGAACUGUAGCCCUGUUAUUGAUCACUGUAUCAUCCGAAGUACAUGCACAGUUGGUUCUGCAGUAUGUGUUAGUGGUCAAGGAGCAUGUCCCACUAUCAAGCAUUGUAACAUCAGUGACUGUGAAAAUGUUGGACUUUAUAUAACAGAUCAUGCACAGGGAAUAUAUGAAGAUAAUGAAAUUUCUAAUAAUGCAUUAGCUGGGAUUUGGGUUAAAAAUCAUGGAAAUCCAAUUAUUAGACGGAACCACAUUCACCAUGGACGUGAUGUUGGUGUGUUCACAUUUGAUCACGGCAUGGGAUACUUUGAAAGUUGCAACAUACACAGAAACAGGAUAGCAGGCUUUGAAGUAAAAGCCUAUGCCAAUCCCACAGUGGUUCGAUGUGAGAUUCACCACGGGCAGACUGGAGGAAUAUAUGUCCAUGAAAAAGGAAGAGGACAGUUUAUAGAGAAUAAAAUCUAUGCAAACAACUUUGCAGGCGUAUGGAUUACCUCAAAUAGUGACCCAACAAUAAGGGGGAAUUCUAUAUUUAACGGAAAUCAAGGAGGGGUUUACAUCUUCGGUGAUGGACGAGGCCUUAUUGAAGGAAAUGACAUUUAUGGCAAUGCAUUAGCAGGAAUUCAGAUUAGGACAAACAGUUGUCCCAUUGUUCGACAUAACAAAAUUCAUGAUGGACAACAUGGUGGAAUUUAUGUGCAUGAAAAGGGACAAGGCGUCAUAGAAGAGAAUGAAGUUUACAGCAACACUCUGGCUGGAGUUUGGGUGACAACUGGCAGCACGCCAGUACUGAGAAGAAACCGGAUACACAGUGGCAAGCAGGUUGGUGUUUAUUUUUAUGACAACGGACACGGCGUUCUAGAAGAUAAUGACAUCUACAAUCACAUGUAUUCAGGGGUUCAGAUAAGGACUGGAAGCAACCCCAAAAUUAGACGCAACAAAAUUUGGGGAGGACAGAAUGGUGGAAUUCUAGUUUAUAAUUCUGGUCUAGGCUGUAUAGAAGACAAUGAAAUAUUUGACAAUGCAAUGGCUGGAGUCUGGAUUAAAACAGAUAGUAAUCCUACACUUAGAAGAAAUAAAAUCCAUGAUGGAAGAGAUGGUGGCAUCUGUAUAUUUAAUGGGGGUCGAGGUCUCCUCGAAGAAAAUGAUAUUUUCAGGAACGCUCAAGCAGGUGUUCUUAUCAGCACCAAUAGUCAUCCAGUCUUAAGAAAAAACAGAAUAUUUGAUGGAUUUGCUGCAGGUAUUGAAAUUACAAAUCAUGCAACUGCAACACUAGAAGGCAAUCAGAUUUUUAACAACCGAUUUGGAGGCUUGUUUUUAGCAUCUGGUGUUAAUGUGACAAUGAAAGAUAACAAAAUAAUGAACAAUCAAGACGCCAUAGAAAAGGCUGUUAGUAGAGGACAGUGUUUAUAUAAAAUAUCAAGUUAUACCAGCUAUCCCAUGCACGACUUCUACAGAUGUCAUACUUGUAACACCACAGACCGAAAUGCCAUAUGUGUGAACUGCAUUAAGAAGUGCCAUCAGGGACAUGACGUAGAAUUUAUUAGACAUGAUAGGUUUUUUUGUGACUGUGGUGCUGGAACACUGUCCAACCCUUGUACAUUAGCUGGUGAGCCUACACACGAUACAGACACAUUAUAUGACUCUGCUCCACCUAUAGAAUCUAAUACAUUGCAGCACAACUGAAUUCCUUCCCUAAAGAAAAAGUCCUGCCAUUCUAACAUCGUAACUUAAACACCUUUUGGAAGAUUUAAAAAAUACUUGCCCAUGCUACAGAAAGAGACUGUAAUGGAAAAAAAAA